ACCUACCUGACCUUACCUUACCGAUACUAGGUACCUUACACCUUACUGUCGGCCGUUUGCACUUGCACUUCUUCGAGUCGUUGCUUCCCAAUAGCUUUGUGCUCAUCUCAUCGCUUCAAUCAUUCAGCAAUAACAACGGGCCGCCCAGCGCGUCUUCCGGGUUUUUUCCUCUGCAGUGCGCACCACCCACCUACCACGUACGAAUCAUCAACUCGACUGCUCUACCAUCUCCCAAUACGAUUCGACGUCGCGGCUUGACGGUCUCAGUGCUGCUGCCUCCCAUCCUCGUCGCAUCCAUCCAGUCACCUCUCCUCCACGCGCCGACGCCGCCACCACUCACCACCUCAUCUCUCUCUACCUGAAAGCAUGGCUGCGGAGGUGACAGGCCUGCCUAACGGCAACUACGGCAUGCAUCAGUCGUACGGCGGCGGAGACCAGAACAGCUUUGGCUAUGCCAGCAACAACCAGAACUCGCAGCCGCCCGCCACCACCAGUAACGCUCCGCCAUCUUCGUCCACGCCCUCCAAUGCCAGCGCCAACCCCCAACAGCCUCCGCAGCCUGAUAUCCCCAAGGACGAGGUUGGCUGGUACUUUGUCGAGCAGUACUACACCACCCUGUCGCGGACUCCUGAGAAACUCUACUUGUUCUACAACAAGCGCUCGCAGUUCGUGUCGGGAGAAGAGACUGACAAGGUUGCCGUGUGUGUGGGCCAACGUGCCAUCAACGACAAGAUCCGAGAUCUCGACUUCAACGACUGCAAGGUGCGCGUCACCAACGUCGACUCGCAGGCAUCCGACAGCAACAUUGUGAUUCAGGUCAUCGGAGAGCUGAGCAACCGCGGUCAGCCACAUAAGAAGUUUACUCAGACAUUCGUGCUCGCCACACAAACCAAUGGCUACUUUGUGCUGAAUGACAUCUUCCGUUACCUGGUUGAAGACGAGGAGGAGGCCGAGGCCGAGCCUGAAGUCCAGCCACCACAAGAGGAGGUGCAGCAAGUGUCUGGCACUCAGAGCGGCGUGCAAGAGCCAGCGCCAGUGGCAGCACACUCGGCCGCCCUGACCAGCUCCUCUGACCCAGCUGCCGUCGAACACGAUGCUGAGGAGGUUGACCAGAAGAUCGAGGAAAAGCUAGCGAACGGCACAAAGCCCGAGGCCGAGGAGGAGCCUGCCGCUGUUGAGGAAGAAAAGGCAGUUGAGGAGACGCCAGCAGCGCAAUCCGAGUCGGAAAGCGAGCCUACAAAGGACGUCGAGAAGGAAACCGCUACUGAGGCUGUUGCCGAGCCAGAGACGCCAAAAGACCCAGAACCUACUCGCAUUGCUACGCCUUCGAAGCAAGAUGCUCCAAAAACGGCCCCAGCCCCUAAGCCCGCAGCACCAGCUGUGCCAAAGACCUGGGCGAGCCUGGCAGCAUCCGCCGCCAAGACUGUCACGCCAGUGAUCCCACAGCCAGUCGCACAGGCUGCCAAGUCAAUCCAACAAAAGGCUGCGGCCGCCGUUCCGACCGCUCCUGCUGCCGCCAUUGCUAACGCCAUCACACCAAACACACCGUCUGCACCAUCCUCACAAGAUGCCAAAGGCAACGACUCGCAGGACGAAUGGACUGCCGUUGGGGGCAGCCACAACCGCAAUGCCUCCAAGCAGGCGAACGUUGUUCCCCAGCAGCAAGAGCCACAAUAUCGAGGGUAUAUCAAGAACGUCGCCGAUAACGUCGAGGGCGCUAAGCUCAGAGCUGAGCUUGAGAAGUUCGGUGAGGUGACCUACUUCGACAUUGCACGUCAAAAGAACUGUGCUUUCGUCGACUUUAAGACUGCCGAUGCGUACAACAAGGCCAAGGCUACCCAGUUCGAGGUUGAGGGCAACGACGUUCCUCUCUUCGUAGAGGAGCGUAAGUUCCGCCCCGGUUCUACUCCGUACGUUCCAAGAGGGCAGUACCAGGGUGGUCGUGGCGGACCUCGCGGUGGCGCCAACCAAGGUCCUCCUCGAGGUAACUUCCAGAAUGGCCGAGGUGCCCCAGGUGGACAAGGAGCGCCUCGGGGCCGUGGAGGAUAUGCUGCAGCCGGUCAACGUGGUGGCAGAGGCGGCGUCCAGGCUUAGAAACAUGUGACUCAAUCUCCUCCAGAUCGAAAUCGAGCUCGAACAGAUCGCAGCUGUUCGAGCCGCGGGCGAAGCACCUCGUCCGUGGGCUCCUCGAACACCUUUGGACGUAACGAUUAGAACACCUCGUCGACAAAACGAUGUUCUAUACACUCCAUGUACUACUACUACUGCCACCACCACCACCAUUUCUGACUACCGCCAAUACACAAGACUGCCACGUGAAAUCAACGGAACAGGACUUGUCAUGUGUCAUUAGCUAUAUUGGGGGAGGAAAAGCAUUCUUUUCAUGAGGGCGGCAAAGGCGGAAAAGCGAGCUUUGUAUCUCUGCUGUUGUUUCUGGGUUGCAUAGCGUGGCUUUUCCCAGCGUGCGUUCAAUGCUUUGAGGACGAGGGACUGUGCUUGGCUUAGAGCGGCCUGCAAGUGUAUUCGAGUGACGAGGGUUGGCCUUUGACAGAGAUAGUCUCAUAGCCGUCGCGGUAGCGGAGGAAUGUGUAUAAACAGUGAAGUCGAAGGAACCAAAACUGGGACCCUCGAGCAUGUGAAACGGACAAGAUUCAAGGUGAGAUGAUUGUGAGAAGGGAUCGCAAAGCACUCGUUUCAUUCCCUGGAUCUCCUCUAUCUCGUACAGCCUCACAGGCAGGCGUUCAUGGGUCAGAGUUUCUUUAGCUGCGUCACGAGAGCAUUCCAGCUGUUUCCAAUUAUAAUAUAAAAAAGUGAC